UCGGAAGGCGUGAUUCAUUAGCGUUUCUCCUAAAAGGAACGUGUAAUUAAGCAAUUAUGCGAAUAUGCAUUUUUAAAUUAACCGCUGUGGUACCUACCUUGCUAGUCUUUACUCGUUGCGUCUGUCGAACCAACAUGAUCCUGGAGGCUGUCGAUCAAUUUGCGCCUCAAAGUGCGUUUCAGAUGCUGAUGUCUGUUGUGGUCUGCACUUUUUUGGUGUGGUACGCACAGUACCAUUGGAACCGGAGGCGCCUGUAUAGAAUGGCUUCCAAGUUCGAUGGUCCAAUGUGUUUGCCCUUCAUUGGUAAUGGCCUAUACUUUGUGGGCUCUACGCGAGACAUCCUGCACAACGUUAUGUCGGUCGUUAGUGAUUUUAAACUACCGGUAAGGGUGUGGUUGGGUCAGAAGCUAUUCUACGGUGUCGUGGAUCCGGAACAUCUCGAAAUAAUCAUGAACAGCCCUCACGCGUUGGAAAAGGACGAGUUGUACCAGUACGCUGAACCGGUGGUCGGUACCGGACUGUUCACCGCCCCAGUAUCCAAAUGGAAACGGCACCGCAAGAUUAUAAUGCCGACAUUCAACCAGCGAAUUCUCGACGAGUUUGUGCCGGUAUUCGUCGAGAGGUCUACAAUUCUCGUGGACCAGCUGAAGAAUGAGGUCGGAAAGGGUAGCUUCAAUAUAUUUCACUAUGUCAGUCGAUGCACCUUGGAUAUUAUCUGCGAGACCGCUAUGGGCGUUACGGUGGAGGCACAAACCAAGUACUCCGACUACGUGCAGUGGGCUAACAAGGCUAUGGAGGUUAUAUUCACGAGGAUGUUUAACGUCUGGUACCAUAACGAAUUUAUUUUUAAUCUGAGCCAAAGCGCGCGAGAGUUUCAAGAUGUUAACACCAAGAUGAAGGCGUUUACCGGAACGGUCGUCAAAGAGAAGCGGGAGGCAUACCAAAGAAAAAGGAGAGAGCAAAGGAAUCUUCCGGAAGGGUACGUCGAGCCACCGACUCGCAACACCUUCCUUCAGCAGCUCAUCGAGUUGUCCGAGCAUGGGGCCCACUUUACCGAUGAGGAACUGCGGGAGGAGGUCGACACGUUCAUGGUGGCGGGAAGCGAAACGACGGCCUCAAUGAACAGUUUCAUAUUCAUCAUGCUUGGAAUGUACCCAGAUGUCCAGGAGAGAGUCUACCAGGAGGUGGUGGACGUACUGGGCCCGGACAGAGCCGUUGAGGUCGACGAUCUCGGUCGUUUCCACUACAUGGAGAGAGUGAUGAAAGAGACUAUGCGCGUAUUUCCAGUCGGACCUGUACUGGUUAGGGCAGUGACCAAAGAUAUUCAGCUCGAGAACUGCGUGAUUCCCGGCGGAAGCUCGGUGGCGAUGGUGGUCAUCAAGACGCACCGAAACGAGAAAUACUGGCCGCAGCCCUUCAGGUUCGACCCCGAUCGAUUUCUACCCGAAGAAGUCGCGAAACGUCACCCGUACGCCUGGCUGCCCUUCUCCGGAGGACCACGGAAUUGCGUCGGUCCCAGGUACGCCUUUACGGCGAUGAAGUCGCUCAUCGCGACCGUUGUGAGGAAAUACAAAUUUUCAACGGACUACAAUUGCAUUGAGGACAUCAAGUUGAAGGCCGAUUUAGUGCUGAAACCUGUCAACGGGUACAAUGUCUCGGUAAAGUUGAGAGAAUGACCCUAGACUGAAGGGGGUCAUUCCAUAUGCAGGUGGAGGAUGAUCAGCUUCCAUAGAAUAGUGGAAUGGCGUGAGGAAUAAAUAAGUUUCAGGGGCCACAGACGCCACUGAAUUUACACUACACCACGGUGUAAAUUCAGCGGCGUAGGUGACCCCUGAAACCUAUUUAACCCUCAACACUACACCACGGUGUAAAUUCAGUGGCGCAGGUGACCCCUGAAAUCUAUUUAACCCUUAACACUAUACCACGGUGUAAAUUCAGUGGCGUAGGUGAACCCUGAGAUCUAUAUUUAACCCUUAACUCCAAACCACGGUGUAAAUUCAGUGGCGUAGGUGACCCCUGAAAUCUAUUUAACCCUUAACACUAUACCACGGUGUAAAUUCAGUGGCGUAGGUGACCUCUGAGAUCUAUUUAACCAUUAACACUACACCACGGUGUACAUUCAGUGGCGUGGAUGACCCCUGAAAUCUAUUUAACCCUUAACACUAUACCACGGUGUAAAUUCAGUGGCAUGGGUGACCCCUGAAAUCUAUUUAACCUUAACACUACACCACGGUGUAAAUUCAGUGGCGUAGGUGACCUCUGAGAUCUAUUUAACCAUUAACACUACACCACGGUGUAAAUUCAGUGGCGUAAAUGACCCUUGAAAUCUUUUUAACCA